AUGAGUCUUGCCUACGACAAGUUCAUAUUAUUUGGCGAUUCCAUUACCCAGUUUUCCAAUGAGCCGCACAUCGGCUACGGCUUCCACCCCGACUUGCAGAAUGCCUACACCCGCAAGCUUGAUGUGAUCAACAGGGGCUAUUCUGGGUACAACUCCAGACACGCCGCCUUGGUGCUUCCGCGAGUGCUUGAGGCGGAAUUGAACCAGUCCAAGACCAACGUCAAGUUGAUGACCAUCUUCAUUGGCACCAACGACGCGUUGGAGCCAAACGACUCAUUGGGCAAGAUCCAGAGGCAGUCGCCUGAGCAGUACCGCCAGAACCUCUCUCAGUUGGUGCAGUUGGCGCUCGCCAACAACAUCAAGCCGGUAGUCAUCUCCCCCACCCUCCACGAUAACAAGUUGUCCAAGGAGCUGUUGGAAAAAGAUGGGCGUUCCUCAGCCGUCCCGUUGUCUUCCAAUCGCAGAAACCGUGUCUAUGCUGACACGGCUGCGGAAGUUGCGAAAGAAUACGAUGUAGCGUUCGUCGAUUUGUGGAACGCGUUCCGUGACGCCGGUGGCUUCAGCGACCAGCAGUUGCUUGCUGACGAGGCAGACUUGGCAGAGUACCUCCACGAUGGCAUCCAUUUCACCAAGAAAGCAUACGACGUACUUUUCCAGCACGUCACCAAGGCCAUCGCGAGCAGGUAUCCCGAGUUGAGCCCAGAAAACUUGCCACUCCAACUUGCAGUAUGGAGAAACAUCGACCCAGAGAACAUCGAAGCAUCGAUUUUCAAGUGA